UGUAAGUGUAAAUACUGGAGAAGAGCCAUUCAAUAAUAUGACAACCCACUGCCUGUUCACGCGAGAUUCGGCGAGACUAUAAGUUAAGGGAACAUGGCGUCGUCUAAUUUGCUAAAGAACAAAGGCUCCCUUCAGUUUGAGGACAAAUGGGACCUGAUGCGUCCCAUCGUGCUAAAGCUCUUACGGCAAGAGUCCGUCACCAAGCAGCAGUGGUUUGACCUUUUCUCAGAUGUCCAUGCAGUGUGCCUGUGGGAUGACAAAGGCCCCGCCAAGAUCCACCAGGCCCUUAAAGAGGACAUUCUGGAUUUCAUCAAACAAGCACAAGCACGGGUGUUGAGUCACCAAGAUGACACGGCGCUGCUGAAGGCCUAUAUUGUAGAGUGGAGGAAGUUCUUCACACAGUGCGACAUCCUGCCCAAGCCUUUUUGCCAACUGGAGAUCACGCUGAUGGGAAAGCAGGGCAGCAACAAGAAGUCCAAUGUUGAGGACAGCAUCGUCCGCAAGCUGAUGCUGGACACGUGGAACGAGUCCAUCUUCUCCAACAUCAAGAACAGAUUACAAGACAGUGCAAUGAAGCUGGUCCAUGCUGAGCGGCUAGGGGAAGCCUUCGAUUCGCAGUUGGUCAUCGGAGUACGGGAGUCCUACGUAAACCUGUGCUCCAACCCCGAUGACAAGCUGCAGAUCUACAGAGACAACUUCGAAAAGGCCUACAUGGACUCGACCGAGCGCUUCUACAGAACUCAGGCGCCCGCCUAUCUGCAGCAGAACGGCGUCCAAAACUACAUGAAAUAUGCUGAUUCCAAGUUGAGGGAAGAGGAGAAACGUGCACUGCGAUACCUGGAGACGAGGCGCGACUGCAACUCUGUACAAGCACUGAUGGAGUGUUGCGUCAACGCGUUGGUGACGUCCUUCAAGGAGACCAUCUUAGCAGAGUGUCCGGGCAUGAUCAAAAGGAAUGAAACAGAUAAGUUGCAUCUGAUGUUCUCACUGAUGGACAAAGUGCCGAGCGGCAUCGAACCCAUGCUGAAGGACCUGGAGGAGCACAUCAUGAGCGCCGGCCUGGCUGACAUGGUGGCGUCCGCCGAGACCAUCACCUCCGACUCUGAGAAAUAUGUGGAGCAGCUGCUCACUCUGUUCAACCGCUUCAGUCGGCUGGUGAAGGAAGCGUUUCAGGAUGACCCGCGUUUCCUCACGGCGAGAGACAAAGCAUACAAAGCAGUCGUCAACGAUGCCACUAUUUUUAAAUUAGAGCUUCCAUUGAAACAGAAAGGUGUGGGCUUGAAAACUCAACCCGAGUCCAAGUGUCCGGAGCUGCUGGCCAACUACUGCGACAUGCUGCUGAGGAAGACCCCGCUGAGCAAGAAGCUCACAUCGGAGGAGAUCGAGGCCAAGCUCAAGGAAGUGCUGUUGGUUCUUAAGUAUGUCCAGAACAAAGACGUGUUCAUGCGCUACCACAAAGCCCACCUGACCCGCCGCCUUAUCCUGGACAUCUCAGCGGACAGCGAGAUUGAGGAGAACAUGGUGGAGUGGCUCAGGGAGGUAGGAAUGCCGGCUGACUACGUCAACAAACUGGCCAGGAUGUUCCAGGACAUUAAAGUGUCAGAGGACCUCAACCAGUCUUUCAAGGAAUUGCACAAACACAACAAGCUGGCUUUGCCAGCUGACUCCGUCAACAUUAAGAUCCUGAACGCCGGAGCGUGGUCGAGGAGCAGCGAGAAGGUGUUUGUCUCGCUGCCCACCGAGCUGGAAGAUUUGAUUCCGGAGGUGGAGGACUUCUACAAGAAGAAUCACAGCGGACGCAAGCUUCACUGGCAUCACCUCAUGUCUAACGGCAUUAUCACCUUCAAGAACGAGGUGGGUCAGUACGACCUGGAGGUGACCACCUUCCAGCUGGCCGUGCUCUUCGCCUGGAACCAGAGGCCCCGAGAGAGGAUCAGCUUCGAAAACCUCAAGCUCGCCACGGAGCUGCCAGACGCCGAACUAAGGCGUACUCUCUGGUCGCUGGUGGCGUUUCCCAAACUCAAGCGGCAGGUGUUGUCGUACGACCCGCUGGUAUCGUCACCCAAAGACUUCGCAGAGGGAACGCUAUUCUACGUCAAUCAAGAGUUUUCCCUCAUAAAAAAUUCCAAGGUUCAAAAGAGAGGGAAGAUCAACCUAAUUGGCCGGCUGCAGCUCACCACAGAGCGGAUGCGAGAGGAGGAGAACGAGGGCAUCGUCCAGCUCAGGAUACUAAGAACACAGGAGGCCAUAAUCCAGAUCAUGAAGAUGAGGAAGCGCAUCAACAACGCCCAGCUGCAGACGGAGCUGGUGGAGAUCUUAAAGAACAUGUUUUUACCACAGAAGAAGAUGAUCAAGGAGCAGAUCGAGUGGCUGAUCGAUCACAAGUACAUCAAGCGGGACGAGACCGAUAUAAACACCUUCAUCUACAUGGCAUAGCACAGCGGCGCGUGUGACGGUUUGGACUUAUUUUUUGGGGGUGGGUUUCGAUCAGGCCUGAUGGACACUAGAUUACUUCCAGGCCCCCUCCCCCAAUCCCCUUGUCCCCUAUUUAAGAA